GUCAGCAUGUUUCCACGGGAGAGUGUCAGCCCUGUCGUCUGCCAAACCAUUUCUUAGAAUCUGGCUACUGCCAUGAGUGUCGAACUUGUGAACAUGAGGUCACAAAAAAAUGCACGUCAACCUCUAACGAAGAAUGCUCUUGCCGUCUUGGCUUUGAUUGCACCAGCUUAGGCUGUGAGACGUGUGUGAAGCUACCGCACUGUGGGAAAGGAACACAACUCAUAAAGACAGGAAAUUUCAACUUUUUAUAUUCUUGCCAGCCAUGUACAAAUAGUACAUACUCUGACACUGUGAAUGGCACUUGCAAACCGUUCAUAAAGUGUCACAGCAUGGGUUUGGAUGAGGUCUUUCCAGGCAACAAAACUCACAAUGCAAAGUGUGGUAUAAAAGGCCUCACCACUAGUCAGGAUAUAUUUAUAUUUGGGUCAAUUUUUAUUGGCCUUAUCUGUUUGCUCAUGCUGUUGGCUAUCUGUGCUUGGAGGAAUAAAUCAAGGACGGCUUGGUCUGCUAAAUACACCUCAAGAUAUAAGCCUAGGUUGGCUUCAGAAGCAGGCCACUUGCCCUUGUCAGUUGAAGAGAAGGGAACCAAAAUCUCACUGGAGGCUCCUCUAAAAGAUAACAUUAUCAUGCCUGAAGCUGUAUAGUUCAGCAACUGGAUUUGUCUGUCUAUAUGAGUGUCUGUCAGAAGACCAACAGGUGCCAGCAUUUUGUGUGUCAUGGUAAUAAGUAUUUCCUACUCUGACACACCUGUGAUAAUAAGACUUCAAGCAGUAAACAUUUAUACAUUUUAUUUUUUUUCUGCUUGUAAUCUCAUAUCCACUUACCCCUAAAAUGCCAUUUGAUUCUUUCUAUGAUAGAUUAGUAGCCUACAUUAGAGCUGGCAUGAUUACCUUUGCCUCCAGGAGUUUGCGAAGUUGCUAUUUUCUCUUAUUACCGCAAUAUUUCUGCAAACAAAAGCAAAGUCAUGGAAUUUCUGCAUUAUUUGAUUUAACCCAAAAUUGCCACUAUUUUAAACCUACAUUUUUGAGAAAUCCCACAGCAAAUUCAUUCACUUUUGUCCGCAACAAUCACAACAAGCCCUCGCAAGAUUCUGGAAGGACUGCUUUGUGGAUUUGUACAUGGCUUGCUCAUUCUAAUCUUGCAGCACUGUACCUACUGUAGGCUACUCAUUAAUGGCCAUUCAUGAGAUAAUCUUGAUAUGUAUUUGUUUGCUUUGCUAAUGAUGGCGAUUUCCAGUAUAUUGCUGAAAAAUGUUGUUGUUGUUGUUAUGUUAUAAACUGUUUUGCUUGUUGCAGAGCUGAAAAAUGUCUGUUACUGCUGUAAAUUACACCUUUUAAAUUAAUUAUUCAUACAAAACUAAAGUCACUAUAGUUUUCUAAUGGUGAACCUUCAUAGCUUAUACUUAUUAAUAGUCUUGCAGGGCCAGACAUUACAAGAGUUCACUGUCUGAGGAAAGAUGAAGUCAACGAGGAGCUGCCUACAGGAGUUUCAGCUGAGAUCCACCCCUAACUUUAGCAUUUCUGUGUUCUUUUACCCCAAAACUUUCAAUCCUCCUUGGAACCCCACCUUAAAGACACAUUUCAAUUACUUUACCUUUAAAGAUGCAAUCUUUC